CGCUCGCAAUUGUGGGGGCGCACGUAUUGCGCGGCAACGCGUCAUCGACAGCCAAGCAUCGCGGCAUAGCGUCAUUUCUGCUGUACUAAAACCUAAAAUCCGCCGUGUUCGUAGUCCGCCAUUUUGAAAGCUGCGAGUGGAAUUUGGACGCGUUGCUGGAUUCUCGAUGUCAAUAUGAAGCGCCAAAAAUGAUUGCAACGUUUGCAUAGUAUAGUCUUCAAACGGUUUUUUUUCAUUGAUUUAACUUAAAACGGUCGCUCAGCCAUCAGUAAGAGCAGUGAAAGGGCUCUAUUCCUCACAAGCCUGCGCUUUGCUCACGGUAAACCACUGACAGAGAAUCCAGAGGAACAAAGUUCGGGAGUUUUAGAAAGAUACAACUCGACGACCGAAGAGUAGGGGACACCUGACAAAAACAGUGACAGUGCGAGAUGGACAAAAAUCUAAUGAUGCCGAAGCGUUCGCGCAUCGAUGUGAAGGGCAGCUUCGCCAACGGCCCGCUUCAGGCCCGGCCAUUGGUGGCCCUCCUCGAUGGACGUGAUUGCUCCAUCGAAAUGCCCAUCCUUAAGGAUGUGGCCACGGUGGCCUUUUGCGAUGCACAGAGCACCUCCGAAAUACACGAAAAGGUACUCAACGAGGCAGUGGGAGCACUGAUGUGGCACACCAUUAUCUUGACAAAGGAAGAUCUGGAGAAGUUUAAAGCUUUACGCAUCAUCGUGCGCAUCGGCAGCGGCACAGACAACAUCGAUGUGAAGGCGGCGGGCGAACUGGGCAUUGCCGUUUGCAACGUUCCCGGUUAUGGAGUCGAAGAGGUGGCGGACACGACGAUGUGCUUGAUCCUCAACCUCUACAGACGGACAUACUGGUUGGCGAAUAUGGUGCGCGAAGGCAAAAAGUUCACCGGACCCGAGCAAGUGCGGGAGGCAGCGCAUGGCUGCGCACGCAUCCGCGGUGACACAUUGGGUCUGGUGGGACUUGGCCGCAUCGGCAGCGCCGUCGCCCUGCGCGCCAAGGCAUUUGGCUUCAAUGUAAUCUUUUAUGAUCCCUACCUGCCCGAUGGCAUCGACAAGUCGCUUGGCCUCACACGCGUCUACACGCUACAGGAUCUGCUUUUCCAGUCUGACUGCGUUUCUCUGCAUUGUACGCUUAACGAGCACAACCAUCAUUUAAUCAAUGAGUUCACAAUUAAACAGAUGCGACCUGGUGCAUUUCUAGUGAACACCGCCCGGGGCGGUCUGGUCGAUGACGAGACCUUGGCGUUGGCGCUGAAACAAGGACGGAUAAGGGCAGCCGCAUUGGACGUGCACGAAAACGAACCUUACAAUGUAUUUCAAGGCGCACUGAAGGAUGCUCCCAAUCUGAUCUGUACACCGCAUGCCGCUUUCUUCAGCGAUGCGUCCGCCACGGAGCUGCGCGAAAUGGCGGCCACCGAGAUCCGUCGAGCGAUCGUCGGCAAUAUUCCAGACGUCCUGAGGAACUGCGUCAACAAGGAGUACUUCAUGCGCACGCCGCCGACCGCUGCCGCCGGUGGCGUUGCGGCGGCUGUUUAUCCCGAAGGAUUAAAUGGCGGCUAUUAUACAGGCGCACUGCAUCAUCGGGCACACAGCACCACGCCGCACGAUGGUCCCCACAGCACAACCAACUUGGGCAGCACAGCCGUCGGCGGUCCGUCAGCCGCUGCAGCAGCCGCCGCUGUUGCCGCUGCACUGGCUCCGCCGCCGCCGCCCAACUCCUCCGUGGCCGCUGCUGCGGCCGCCGUUGCUGCCGCUGCUGCAGCCGCCGCCGCUGGCCUCCUACCAUCGCCGAACAACGCUGUGCCAGCGGGGCCGCAUUUGUCGCCCCACCACCAGGUCGGUGGUGGAAUGCCUCUUGGAAUUGUGAGUAGCCAAUCGCCCCUGAGUGCGCCCGACCCUAAUAAUCACCUGUCAUCGUCGAGCAUAAAAGCGGAGGUGAAGGCUGAGUCGGCGGCGGAGGCGCCGUAGGCAUCACAUGCUGCAGCUGCUGACCCACGAAGCUGGAGCCCAGAGCUAGGGAGUAGAGUGAUGAUGACAACGGGGAGUGGCGCAACGGAGUCCAGCACAACCAACUGGAAGGAAUGAACGAACGGAAGCAAGAUUAACAUUAAAUCCCAGGAGUAGUCGUCAUCUAUCUGUCAUAUGUGUGUGGAGUGUGGAGUCCCAGAAUCCGUGGCGUGUGGUUCUUCUUCUGUUCUAAUGAAGGAUUCCUUGCGCCGCUUGCGCCAGCGCUUGAUUUGAAUUUUUCCAAAAGUUUCUAUAUGUUUUUAAUAUUUAAAAUACGAUACAUAUUUGCAUUACCAGACCUCCCCCAACAAACAAAAACAACGCAGGAAACAAGGACGAGUAAAAAAUUGGGUGGAUAGCAGAGAUAAUCCCACACACACAGAACUAAGCUCCUCAAGAAUUAAUUACAUCCCUAGACUUUAAUUUGUAACUAUCUAGAACUUUACGGUUACAAUUUAAGAUUUUUUAUUUGUAUUGCAGCAAAAGUGUAAGUAAAGGAGGAAAAAUAUGUUACCUACAUAUAAGCGCAAA